AGCCGCUUCCACACAACGUUACCGAGGUUUUUGGGAGGCUCCGAUAGACUCUCCAGGGUGGGAGCGACUGAGGAAGAGGGGGUCAAGGGGGACGUCGAGGAGCGCAGAGGCGGUCGAAUCCCUCUGCUCGACCGGUCGACGGUUGGUCAGUGGCGCCCGACACGUCAUUCCGCCUGGCCGUGACGUCAUCCUGGUGCGAGUGACGUGGCUGUGGGGGAACUGCUGAAAGUGGCUUUGGAGGUGUCAUACAAUGAAGAAUCAAGAAGGGGAAAGCAAAGCUGCCCUGCUACCUGCUAGUCCUUCCAAAACAAGCUGCAGUCUGGGGCUGGAUGACAGUGACUUAUCUGAGUCUCCCAUAAUGUCCUCAGGAAGCAGUGAAGGUCCACACCAACCUGAGCCAUGCGGCUUAAAGCCUUCAGUUGAUGGAAGCAGCGAAACUCAAACAAGUGAAGAACAGAACAAAAAAGAAGCAAGUCUGACGGAAGAUGCUGUAUCCCAGCCCCACCAAUCUGCCACCUGUGAUGUCUCUGAAGAACUGAGCCGACAGCUAGAGGAUAUCCUGAACACGUACUGCAUGGAUACCAACCAAGAAGGUCCAGGAGAUGACAGUGGGCAGAAUGAGCCUGUGGAGCUGGAUGAGGUUGAAAAGAACCAGAGCGAGUCCCCAAGGAAUGGCGAGCAGGAGCAGAGUUGCUCUGAAAUAAACGGGGAGAAAGAAAACCCCAGGGGAACCAAUGAUGAGCGUGAUCAGAAGCGAGUGCAGGAAAAAAAGAAAGCCAAGGGGCUUGGAAAGGAGAUCACAUUGCUGAUGCAGACCCUCAACACCCUCAGCACAUCGGAGGAGAAGCUGGCAGCCCUCUGCAAGAAGUAUGCAGAACUGCUGGAAGAGCACCGAAACUCUCAGAAGCAGAUGAAAAUCAUGCAGAAGAAGCAGACCCAGCUGGUGCAAGAGAAGGACCAUCUACGGAGUGAGCACAGCAAGGCCAUCUUGGCCCGCAGCAAGCUGGAAAGCCUGUGUCGGGAGCUUCAGAGACACAACCGCACCCUCAAGGAGGAGGGUGUCCAGCGUGCCCGUGAAGAAGAGGAGAAGCGGAAGGAGGUGACCUCCCAUUUUCAGGUGACACUCAAUGACAUUCAGUUGCAGAUGGAACAGCACAACGAGCGAAACUCCAAGCUGCGGCAGGAGAACAUGGAGCUGGCUGAACGGCUGAAGAAGCUCAUCGAACAGUAUGAGCUGCGGGAGGAGCAUAUUGACAAAGUCUUCAAACACAAGGACUUGCAGCAGCAAUUAGUGGAUGCCAAACUUCAGCAGGCCCAGGAAAUGCUGAAGGAGGCUGAGGAGAGACACCAGCGAGAGAAGGAUUUUCUGCUGAAAGAGGCUGUGGAGUCCCAGAGAAUGUGUGAGUUGAUGAAGCAACAGGAGACUCAUCUUAAGCAGCAGCUGGCCCUCUAUACAGAGAAGUUUGAAGAGUUUCAGAACACCCUGUCCAAAAGCAGUGAGGUGUUCACCACCUUCAAACAAGAAAUGGAGAAGAUGACCAAGAAGAUCAAGAAGCUGGAGAAAGAGACCACAAUGUACAGGUCUCGCUGGGAAAGCAGCAACAAGGCCCUUUUGGAAAUGGCAGAAGAGAAAACCCUCCGGGACAAAGAGCUGGAAGGACUCCAGGUGAAAAUCCAGCGUCUUGAGAAGCUGUGCCGGGCCCUGCAGACUGAGCGCAAUGACCUGAACAAGAAGGUGCAGGAUCUGUGCGCUCUUGCCUCCCCAACCACUGGUGGGAGCACCCUGGAACUGCCAAAAGACCAACUGGCAGGCAGCUCAGACGAGCUGGCACCACAGGGCACCGUGUCAGGGGAAUCCCUUCCUCCGGCGCAGAUGGGGUGCUGCACAGGACCACCAGUUGAGAUCCUUGGUGAACCAAGUAUAGGAGCCCAACCUCGGGAAGAGACAGAGGAAGUGGCAGAUUCCACUGAGUGAAGGUGGAGGGGGGGAGGCUGGCUGGCAGACUUCUCGAGAGACUAAUCUAGUCACCUUUCCUGAAACCAGGGCUGCGGGUGAGAGCUCAUUCCUCCUGGGCCUUUGAGGUUCUUCAGUUACAGUUUUUCAUAAUACUGAAACCUUUUGUUUUUUUGGUUGCUUUAACAAAAUAAUCUAUAUAUGACACAAAGUUGUGCAGGGCAACCCCUAUUUUAUUUAUAGAGAGAGAGAGAGAAAGAGAUGAACUAGAUUGAGCCACUUUCCUAUGUGUCAUGUGAUUCUAGAUGUAAGGCAGUGCCACCGAAAGACCUCGUGACGGAUGGCCCAGGGCAAACCUCUCACCCAUUCCACAAUAGUGGCGUCUGUUUGGCCCCUGCAGCUUACUGGGUGCUAUGCUAUGAAUACAAAUGAAAAGCAAGAAGUAAACAUAAGAGGGGCUUGUAGGGUUUUCCUCUCCUUCCUAAAUGUUUCAGGGAGGCGGGAAUACAGCCCCAAGGUCCAAAACCAGUACAAGAGACUCAGGAGUUUGUAUGUUGUGAGCUGUUUAAUUUUGAAAUUGAUUUUUUUGUUAAAGAAGAAUAAAAUUGAUGUGGUUUUGUUUUAGGGUGGGGACGGGGGGGAGACUGAGGCCAGGAGCCCUGUCAUUUUGGGGAGAGGAGGUAUUCCCUUCCAGGACUUUGCUACUUCCAGAAAUCUAUGUCUCAAUAGCCUUAUAACUUCACAGUUGCCUCUAUGCUUAUAUGCACACACGCACAAGCGUAUGUAUUAAAGGUUUAAUCCAAAGGUUUUACUUCCUUAAGUGUUUUGCACAAGAUGAAUGUCCAUGCACCUGUGUGCGUGCAGCAAAUCCCUGGGGCAGAAGGGGGUAGUGUACUCCGGUGUGUUUAUACUCCUCUCCACAGGACCUUGAUACCAAGUCACAGGCAGACACAAUUUGAAUCCCCUUCCAUGCAGUGUUGGGCAACAAGCAUUGAACUGAACUUGUGCAGAUCUCCUGCUAUCUGGAGCAUCCUUCAUUUUAACUGCACUUUUGAUGGACCAUCCUUUCUUACAUAGUCCUGUGAAGGAGACAAAGAGAUGUCCCAUUUAGCCUUUAAUAAUUAUUCUUUUGGUUUCAGCACACUUCUGCCUGGGCCCCAGUUUACCUUUAUGCAUUUUGUUUUAGUUCUCGGUCUUAAAAGGUGGCAGGUGCCCUUGCAGCCGUCCUCCUUCUUUUGGAAGUUAACUUUCUGGACCCAUUUUUAAGGCUUGAUUACCCUUCCUUUCUAGCCAGGGUUUGUUCUCCAGGUGCAUGUUGCAUCAUGAGCUGUGGGAAGGCACGUUUGCCUGUGACCCAGUGACCUUCCUGUCAUUCAGCCUCUGUUAAAUAUCAGGUUUCUUUGUUUAUUUGGCACAGACUCUUGUUCCAGUGAGCAGAUGGACUCCCCAAUGUUUCUGGCGUUUGCUUGUAUUUUUGGGGCCCCUCACUUGAGGUGGUUAUCCCAUCACAGUGUCUUCUGGAGUUUAGUGGGGCUGGCCAAAAAGGGAAGUGAAUGUAAAUGAGGACCACAACUGAUCUUGGAUGACAAUUCAGCCGGAGUGCCCGCUUUUGCCCAGAUAUUUCUGCAGAACAUUUUUUAACAGCUGUGCUACCAACAGGCUAUAUCCAGAUCUGUUGUAUGUAUCUUUUGUAUCCAAUAGAAACAAACAAACUUGAUUGACACAUUUGGAUCUUUCUUCCCUUCCAUUUUGAACAGACAGAUUGGUUUUGAAUCUCCUAUGGAACAGACAUUCCUAGACUCCAUCCUAAUGAGUACAAACAUUUAGACGGGGCUUGCACCAGUCUCAUCAUUGUUUCCCCAUGUGCUGUCUUUCACAUACAUUGUUAAAUCAGCCAUCUUCUGAUUGGGCUUUUAAAGUAACAAGUCAUGAGAUGUUUUGGGUACCCACCCCUUGCUCUUGGUGAGAUGUUCCCCCUUUUUUGGAGAAUCUGAAAGUGGUGGUGUGCAGCUUAGAGGGAAUGGCAGAAUUCUGUAGCUUCCAAACCAGGCACUUGGGCGCUGGUUCAAGAAGACUCUUGGGAUAUUUCCAGCCUGGAACAUUUAUAUGCUGAAAUACAGGGUGAUAGCUUGCUAUUUAUACUACAAUAUGAAUUAAACGAAUGUUGUAUAUUU